UAAACAACACAGACCACAAUGUUUAAGCUGGUGGUGUUGUCCUCUGUCCUGGCCAUGGCGGCCGCCGCGCCCAGCGCCCUGGGUCUGGGCUGGGGCCUGGGAGGACUCGGCUGGGGCGGUCCCCUGGCCGGCCUCGGCGCCCCGCUAAUCGGCCACGCGGCCCCCGUGGCGGUCGCGGGCCCCGCAGUGGCCCUCGGCGCGCCCCUGCACGGCGCCGCCUACAACUACCGCGGCCCCGUCUCGCUCGCCCCCGGCCAGCCCGCCAGCAUCCUGGCUGCCGACGGCAGGCCCCUGGACACCCUGAGCGUGAACCUGGACCGCGCCGCGCACCUCACCGCGAGGGCCGUUGACGCCACGUUGGGCCACGGCGCGCACAUCCUGGGCAAGCGCUCGGCGCCGCUGCUGGCCCCCGCCGCGGCCUGGUCGCACACCGCCCGCAUCGACAUCCCCGCCGCCCGCCUGGUGGCCCCCGCCGGCCUCGGCUUGCACGGCGCCGUCGCGCCCUGGGGCGUGGGCCCCGUGGGCCCCGCCGUGGGUCUCGGCCAUGCCGGCGUCCUCGGACACGCUGGUGUCUGGGGCCUCCAUGGCUAAAUUGUAAAUAUGAAACCUAGCCUAUUGUAUAAUGUAUCUAUCUACCUAUAGUUUAUAAAGAGAGUUACCACGACA